AUGGACACCGCAAUGUUUUCCUCAUCACACCGAAGGGGCACUACACUUUUCUCCGCCCCGGUGAAGAUUCGACUUCGCCCUUUGGAAUAUUCCCUUUCCUUCCGCAUAAGUGACAGGAAACCACACCGGUUUGCUUCACCUUAUCAAAGCAUACAAGAUGUCCAUGCAUCCCCAUACCUUGAACCUUUCCCAUACAAACUAAUACACACCAAGCUUCGUCACUCAUUCUCAACUCGGUCUACUUACUAUCAAUUUGUGCCUACAAUACAGAAGACAUUCAUUAUCGUAACAAGAUUUCGUCUACAUUAUAUAUACAUCAUGUGCUAUUCAUGUGGUAGCGCGAGUGAUCACCCCAAUUUCGCUUAUUCAUCAGGUCCUCCCAGUUAUCAACAUCAACAGCAAACCACCCGUGGUUACCAAUAUCCACAUGGGAACCAAAACCUCAGGCCUCCUCCACUCAACACUAGCUAUUCAUGCUACUCUAUGAACCGUACCUCCUCUCACGGCUCAAGCGACUCUGGCUAUGUCACAAGCCAUGUUCCCAGUCGCCAGCUAAGCCAACAGAGUCCGAGCUAUUCCUACGACAAUCAGCGGAGUCCUGAUAUUGAGGUUGUUCAUGCUGCUCCUGUAUCCUCUUCAAGGCACAAGAAGGAGCGCAGGCUUAGUUGCGGCCACAUCAGCUCGCGCGCUCACGACCUCAAACGACACAUGACAGUGCACUUCCCUCCUGCCCCGGACGAACUACUCGAUUGCCAAUAUGAAUGGUGCGGGCGCACAGGUGCACACGGCUUCAAGAGAGAAGAUCACCGCAAGGAGCACUACCGGAAGGUCCACAUGAAGGAGAGUGAGUACCCAAAGACGGGCAAAGGAGGAAGGUCAGGAAGGUCGAGCGGGAAGUCUAAGCCGUGA